AUGAGAGUAGGUAAGGGUUGUGGCCGGUGUCGCAAUCGCCAUAUUCGCUGCGUAAUUCCCUCAGGAUCGUCAGCCUGUGUCUCCUGUACUCGUCUCGGUCGCGCAUGUCACCUCGACCCUCGCUUCCAAUUCAAGGCCGUUCACCAUGUUUACCAGAAAGGUCAAGGCUCGCAUACUCGCUUCGAUUUGAUUUGGGAUGACGAACAAGUGUGGGUGGAUGUGUCAAAGCCCGUGACAUUCAUCCUCGAGGGCGAUGAAUCGAAUGAAAGCGGAGGAUCCGAAGCCGCUAGAGAAACGUCUCCGACACCCUCUUGGUCACUGCAACAGCAUCUGCUUGCAGAUACUGAUAUGGUGGAAGAACAGCCAGUAGUCAGCCCUUUGUUGCAGGAGGCGAGUCGGCAGGAGAAUCCACUCAGUGCCAGCCCUCGGUCAUGUGUGCGACAUCCAGGGUCUGCUUUGUCUCUCAGAGAAGCGUCUCUUAUGCGGUGCUUUAUUCAAAAAAUUGCCCCCUGGGCGGAUAUUUGUGAUCCCCAAAGCCACUUCAGCACCCUAGUGCCUCAGCGAGCCCUACAGGUACCCAUGGUGUUGAAAUCCGUCUUGGCACUGGCUGCUCGACAUGAUGCCAUUAUGACAGGGAAGAGCGACUGGGAGGCCUCCUCCUAUCUUGGACAGUGCCUAGAGUUACUGAUCCCGGCCUUGGACAAUCCCGAGCGAACCUAUGAUGAGAACCUGCUGGUCACAGUAGUUAUCCUUCGAAUCUGUGAAGAGCUAGAAAGCAGAGAUGAAAAGUUUCACCUCCUUGGGUCCAAUCGUUUAAUCAACCUGAUGUCUCGCUCGGCAUCGUCUGGUGGUCUAGCAGAAGCUGUGAGUUGGCAGUUUUUACGACAGGCUAUUUAUGCAUCCACUGUGCAGUGUCAGCCACUGCAGCUGAACUUGCACAACUAUGAGUCCUCGGCCAUGUUCCAACGGAAUGACGAUGCGGCUAUUGCCAACAUGAUUGUUUUCCAUUGCGCUCAUAUCAUCCAGCUCUGCCGCGAUGGGCCUAGGCUACCGGUCAACGCGACCACCUGGCAUCAAAUCUCUGAUUCGGUUGAAGAGUGGUAUCGCUCAAAGCCCCCGACUUGGCAACCACUCCGAUACCAACCUCAAAACGCGGCUGCCGACCGGCCAUUUCCUGAAAUAUGGAUGAUGUCAGGCCCUGCAGUGGUCGGAAUGCAAUACUAUCACGCGGCAAUCAUUUUCUUAACUUUGUCAAAUCCUUAUUCAGAACCCAUGAGCGACUUUGAGCUAGCUCGGAACAGACGUCUGGCCGAGCGAACAAUCGCUGGUCACAUACUGACAGUUGUGGGGCUGUCCAGAUCAAAUGAGAGUGUGGAAAAUGCGUACUUCAUGGCCAGCCACUUGCUGCAUCGCUUCGGAUAUUGUCUUCAACAUCCAGCCGAGCAACAAGGAUCAUUGCAAUUUCUUAGCCGGGUUGAACAGGUGAUAGGAUGGCGCACAGCGUGGAUUAGAGAGCAGCUCGAGCGACAGUGGGCUGAGCUGGCUGAAGUGGAUUCAAUCCAUCGCUGA